UCCCUCCCACUCAACACUCAACUACAUAAAUAAUCUUGAUUCAACUUCAGUAAUGUCCUGAAACUUGGAGAGAUAAGAAUGUCGAAGCUACUCUACUCAGUCUCAACUCCUCGUUUCCACACAAUCCACCGCCAUAGUCUUCAUCUUCUUUCAACUUACUCUCUCUCUCCUCUUUCCAUUUCUUCUUCUUCCUCUUCCUCCAUCUCCUCUCCUCUUUCUCUCUCUCAUUUUCUCUCUCCUCCUUCCAUCUCCUUCUCUCUUAUCUCGCGCAGAGAUUAUUCCGUUCACGCUUUCGAUUCCGAUUCAAAUUCUCGCUCUACUUCUCAACUCGAUUCUCAAGCUAAACUUCAAGAACAAGAAGAUACAGGAAAUGGCGGAGCUCCCAAACCUGAGGAAUUUCCCAGCGGUGAGUUUCAGUUUAAAGAAUUCGGCGCUUGGAAGAAUUUCGUCGUUAAAUGUCGUAUGCUCGUCGCAUUUCCUUGGCAAAGGGUUAAGAAGGGCACUGUUUUGACUAUGAAAUUGCGUGGCCAGGUUUCUGAUCAGUUCAAAUCUCGGUUUUCUCAAGGAUUAUCUCUACCUCAAAUUUGUGACAAUUUCAUUAAGGCAGCUUAUGAUCCUCGGAUUUCUGGGGUUUAUCUUCAUAUUGAACCUUUGAAUUGUGGAUGGGGUAAAGUUGAGGAAAUUCGAAGGCAUAUUUUGGAUUUCCGGAAAUCAGGAAAGUUUGUUGUGGGCUAUCUUCCAGCGUGCGGAGAGAAAGAGUACUAUCUGGCUUGUGCAUGUGAAGAGGUAUAUGCACCUCCAAGUGCUUAUUUUCGUCUGUAUGGUUUGACUGUUCAAGCAUCAUUUCUGGGAGGCAUCUUUGAGAAAGUAGGGAUUGAACCCCAGGUUGAGAGGAUUGGCAAGUUCAAAAGUGCUGGAGACCAGCUUACACGCAAGUCUAUUUCUGAAGAAAAUCGAGACAUGCUGACUACAUUGCUUGACAAUAUCUACGGGAAUUGGCUUGAUACAGUUUCUGUUGCUAAAGGGAAAAGCAAAGAUGAGGUUGAGAAGUUCAUCAAUGAAGGAGUGUACCAAAUCCAAAGGCUUAAAGAUGAAGGAUGGAUAACAAAUAUUAAUUAUGAUGAUGAGGUGAUAUCAAUGUUGAAAGAAAGGUUGGGGAUUCAGAAAGAAAAGAAACUCCCAAUGGUGGAUUACAGGCGAUACUCUAGGGUAAAUAGAUGGACCCUUGGAUUAUCUGGCGGUAAAGAGAGGAUAGCUGUUAUUAGAGCCUCUGGAAGCAUUAGUCGUGUUCGUGGUCCACUGAGUUCGCCUUCAUCAGGCAUAGUUGCAGAACAGCUAAUUGAGAAAAUACGCAGUGUAAGAGAAUCCAAAAGAUACAAAGCUGCUAUCAUUCGAAUUGACAGCCCUGGAGGUGAUGCUCUUGCCUCAGAUCUGAUGUGGAGGGAAAUCAGACUUUUGGCUGCCGAAAAACCUGUUAUUGCAUCUAUGGCUGAUGUUGCAGCUAGUGGAGGAUAUUACAUGGCAAUGGGGACAGGGACCAUAAUUGCAGAAAAUCUUACAUUGACUGGUUCUAUUGGAGUUGUCACAGGCAAGUUUAAUUUGGGUAAGCUGUAUGAAAAGAUUGGUUUCAAUAAGGAGAUUAUAUCAAGAGGAAAGUUUGCUGAGCUCACUGCUGCAGAACAGCGAUCUUUCAGGCCGGAAGAAGCAGAGCUUUUCGCGAAGUCUGCUCAGUAUGCGUAUGCACAAUUUCGAGAUAAAGCAGCCUAUUCAAGAUCAAUGCCUGUAGAUAAGAUGGAAGAGAGUGCACAAGGAAGAGUCUGGACUGGUGGCGAUGCAUCUUCUCGAGGACUUAUUGAUGCUAUUGGUGGAAUGGGCCGUGCUGUCGCCAUAGCAAAGCAAAAGGCUAACAUUCCUCAAGAGCAACCGGUGACACUUGUUGAAGUGUCAAGAUCGUCCCCUUCGUUGCCCGAGAUUCUAAGUGGCAUAGGAAGUACUCUGGUUGGGGUGGACAGGACUCUUAAAGUACUACUUCAGGAGCUAACAUCGGUGGAGGGAGUCCAGGCAAGGAUGGAUGGGAUCAUCUUCGAGAAACUGGAUGAAUCAUCUAUUGGCAAUCCUAUCAUAAACAUACUGAAGGACUAUCUAGGUUCUCUGUGAAGCUAAUGAAACACCUUCAUAUACACUCAUUUUUCUCGAUUGGUGCACAUAUUUCUCAUUUCUUGUGUGGGUCUUGGCCUAGACAGAUUAGCUGCAUAUUAUGCAUUCAUAUACAGAGUGAACUAAAGGAUUAGCUGCAUCUUCCUUUGAUACAAUUACAAGUGUUAUAUAAAUCAUGUAUAUGAGAAGAAUUGUCAUAUUACCUGCCAUAGCAAAUCAGAUGAAUAGAGAUACAGGCAACUUCUGAAAAUACAGUGUAAGUUCUUACUGUAACAAUUUUUACAUGCCUGUCAUGCUAUACACACAUUUUCUUUGGGUACAA